GUCAUAAUAUUUACGCCAAAUGUCUGCCAAUUAUGCCAAAGGAUUGUCAGACUAUGAGAAUAAAGGCGUUUGUGGUCUACAAGAAAUCUUUGAAUCUCCCGAAGAGGUUGAGUCCAAAGUGGAGUUACUGUCCAAAUGGUUGACACAAUCCAAGUGUGUUGUCGUCUACUGUGGCGCCGGUAUCAGCACUUCCGCCGGAAUUCCCGACUUUCGUGGUCCGAACGGUAUUUGGACGCAAGAGAAGAAAGGCGUCAAAGAAGAUCCGGAGGCGAAGGCACUGUCGCUGACUGACUGCAGCCCUACUGUCACUCAUAUGGCGCUGAUAUCGCUGCUGAAGUCGAAAGCAAUCAAAUUCAUCGUCAGUCAGAACAUCGACGGCCUGUUCCUGAGGGCAAACAUCCGGCGCCGACAUAUCGCCGAACUUCACGGCAACUUCUUCUUAGACGAGUGCACUCAAUGUCACUCCCGGUUCAUACGGUCGACGCCCAGCCCUACGAUGGCCUGCAAAGUGUCGGACCAGAAGUGCAUGCGAUGGUCGCGCCCGUGUCGGGGACUCAUAUGCGACACAAUCCUCGACUGGGAUCAGGAUCUGCCUAAGAAUGAGCUGAAGUGGGCCGACAAGUACUCGCGUGAAUGCGAUUUAGCCAUAUGUUUGGGCACAACCCUCCAGAUAGAGCCGGCCGGCUCUCUGCCCUUCCGGUGCCAACGACUCAACUCCGGGCGCGUUGUCAUCGUUAACCUCCAACCGACUAAAUCCGACACUAAAGCAGAUCUCGUGAUCCAUGACUUCGUCGACAAUGUGAUGACUCUUCUCUGCAAAACACUGGAUGUGAAGAUAGAGGCGUACGACCCGUCCACUGAUCCCACUAAGACCCGGGUCACCACUGAAUGGCGCAGAUAACUGGCACACCAUCACACCUUAUGAUACAAAUUCAAUGAGAACUUAGAUCUGCUUAUGAUUCUUAAGAAACGAUAAAUAAUUUAAUUUACAAUAUAUUUAGGUUUAACACAAAUUGAAACAUUUGAAUUCAUUUUUACAAUAAAGUCAAGGA